UCAGAGACAGACAGACGGACAGACAGAAUGCUAGUAGAUGUGACUCCAAUGCAACCUUCCUUCCUUCCUUCGUUGUUGCCUUUUUCUCCCCCAUCGCCAGCAGCUCCUCCUCUGCUGCUACUCUGCUGCUGCUGCUGCUGCCUGGUGCCUGCCUGCUUGCCCUGCUUUGCCUGUUGCUCGUCCUCGUCCUGCUCCUUCUCCUCUACUCUCUCUCUCCUCUUCUCUUCCCCUGCCCUUUUCCUUUCCUUCUUCCCCUUUCCGUCCUUCUCUUCCCCUGUUGCUGCAGCCUCGCUCAUCACUGCGUGCGUCGCUUCCUCCGACACUUGAGCAGUCCGCCGUCGCCACUUACCCGAUCCUUACUUACCACCGCAAAGCUCUACCGCCGCUCUCUCCUCCUCUGCGUGCUUGCCUCCCUCCCUUAGUCACCCCUCCCCGUGCCCUCUCCUAGCCAUCUCUUAUCUUCUUAAACGGUGCGUAUCUGCGUUUGCUAGCAGAGCUUGAAUGUCGAGGACAUAGUUUGGCUCUCGUUUUAGUAGCUUCUUUCUUUCCCGGUGGCUGGAUUGGCGACGUGGCGGUGGCUCUUGGAGGUUCGAUGCAUGUGAAGUGCGGGAGAUCAGGGAAGGAGUCGGGGAGAUUUCUAGUUUCGAGAUAGGCGUGCAAUUAGCUUGCAGGGCAGCGAGGUGGACGCUUUGUUGGUGUUCUGGAUGGUUGAGUUUCCUGUGGAGAGUAUAUUGCCGUCGUAUUUUUGGCCAAGGUCUCGCUGGAGGCAGCGUUUUGCUGAGGGAGGUGGCUCAAGUAUGCCAAUAAAGUAGGCGGUAUUUCAUUACCUCAUGCUAUUUUGAAAUCACAACAGGCAACACCUAAAUUGAUUUUCUCUCCACAUUCGGAUGGGGUUUACCAACGUCCACUCGUAUCCAUCAGAACUGUCUACGGAUAUGGAAACAGAAGUCUUCUUAAUGGAAAGUUCAAUUGAUCCGCAACGAAAGAAUGAACAGAUGCAUGUUUAUAACAAGUGGCUUCCUCAGUCGAUGGUAGAGGAAGUCAAGGAAGAGCCACAGAGGUUUCACAAAUUGGUGGUUAUUAUGGAGGAAGAAAUGUCGUGUCUGGACACUCCAGCUGCUCGCCUUGCCACCACAAAGUGGAUACCUGUUAUAAACACAUUUGUGAAAGCGAAGACCGCAUUGGACAACAAAGAUUUGGAGUCUGUGAUUAAUCUUGGUCUUAAAUUGUUACUAGAUACAACAGAUAAUCUUUUUAUUCAGGACCGAUGGGCUGGCUGUAUUAGUCGUAUAUUACAAAAACAUCGAAAGCUUGAUUUGGAGAUUAAGUGGUUUCCUUUCUAUUCGUUGCUGUUGGCGGUCCACUUUAAGAGGAGGUAUUCCUAUGAAGGACUUGGGAUUAAGAUGCAUCAUUUGGACUCUAUUACCAAUCUUGUUCGUUGCUGUCGCCGGUACUUUCCAUCCAAAUCAGCUAGUGAAAUUUGGCUCGAGUUUCGACCCGCACUUAACGACCUUGCGCACAAUUCAUCCAUGGAAGCAAUGGGUUUCAUCACACUCUUUAUGCCUUCAACAAUAAUGGAGGAAGUAGAAAAGUAUCUUGAUAAAUCGCCAAGUGAUUGGAUUAACGAGUGCCUAGGUCUUUGGGCAGAUUUGCCGAAUUGCCGGUAUUGGAACCUGCAAUGGGCUUCUCUCAUUGCACGCUGUAUCAAACAUUCUAGAGGGAGCUCUUUUGAUUGGAAGCCUUUCCUGCAACCUUUGUUUUCAAACUUUGUGCGCUCCUUUGAGGUUCCAGUGGGGAAAGCAGGCGCAUGGUGUCCAGUUAAUAGGCAAGAGUCGCGGGAGUGUUCACUCGCCUUUUACAGUCGCUGGUCAUCAUCACCCUCCAAGGAAAUGGCGAAAUCCAUUGUAUAUUUGAUUAAAAAUGGAAGCGCAACACAAGGAUACCUCGAAACCCUUAUUGACCUUCUGGAGCAGUUUUAUCAUCCUUCCAAUGGGGGAUCAUGGACAGGAUCGUUGGAGCGUCUUUUACGUUAUUUGUUUGCUUACUUUCUCGAUCGUCUGGCCAAAGAGCAGCGAAGUUCGGAGAAGGCCCAUGUCGCCCUAGGACCUGCGGAAAGAGCCGCUUUUGUGCGAACAUUGAUGCGGCUGAUUGAGCGCGGACAGUACAGCAAGAACAGUAGCUUGGCUAGUACUGUUGGCAGCUCUGCAUGCUUACUUGCAUUUGUAGAACCGACGUUGAUGUUGCCUUACAUUGUUUCCACAUUUGAUACUGCGUUGGAUUCUAUAACAGCUACACAUCAGCUGGAGACUGCCCUUGGAACCCUAGCACUUGCUGCCCGUCCUAUUCUUCUUGCAUCAACCAGGCAUAGUCAAAAUGCAGACAUGAGUUCUGAAACACGGGAGUCUCUGUUAAAGUGCAAAAAGACAAUAGUUGAUGCUUUGUUCAGUACGCUACUUGGCUUGGAUGCAAACGAUCCUCCAAAAACGCUGGCCACUUUGCAGCUGUAUUGCUCUGUACUUUCCAGCGUUGGUGUAAUAGGAGCUAAAGAGGAUGGAGGCAGUGGAGCAUUACCUAUUGAUUGGUCUAAGUGGUUAGAUGACUUUUUAUCUCGUCUCUUUGUCCUUCUCGUCAACUUAGAGCCUUCAACCACCACAGGCGAUACGGAGGCGGACGAUGCAUUUUUGAAUGAUUGUGGAUCACAAUACAAUUCUCUCGUUGGAAUAAUCUUUUGUAGAACAACACUUCCUCUUUUCAAUCAGGCUUUGAAGAUGGUGGUGAAAUUUGUGCAUAGUACUGUAUUGCCUGGCGCAGCAGAUGAGAUAGGAUCUCUUUGUGGAGCUGCUGUCUAUGCGAAUCCUAGAAUAAGUGUUGAAGUUCUUCUUGUUCCCAUAAUGCGCUCCAUCGUGUCUUCCCUUGCCGAGUCUCCUUCCACUGGAUUUAGCGGUGAUGGUGUGCGGACCGAGGGUGCUGACUUUAAGGUGGGGUUGUCCCAAGCUUUGGAGAGCACGGUGGUUUACCAGCUUAAGGCGGUAGCUGAUGGAAUCGGCUGGGGCGGUGCUGCUCUUCUUCCUCACGCAGAUCUCAUCAAGAAAGUUAUCACAGCCGCCUUUAAUGCUCCUAGUCAGAAGGUCAAUACAGCUGGCAGCUCAGUCCUCACUUGUUUAUUGGGAAGCUUGGUUUGGUACUAUGUAACAGAUAAUUACCCGGUUGGAGCAGUAAUAGAUGACAGUGGGAUUGACGUUUGGUAUGCUACUAAAGGUGACUGCACCCCAUCUAAAGGAACAACUUGCAAGUGGCAUUAUCCGAGCGAAGAAGAGAUAAAGCUUGCCGAGGAGUUGGUAAAUCUUCAUCUGCGAGGAUCACUGCAGGACCUUCGAAACAUUUGUCAGGACGGUCCCCAGAUUGAUAUUUCUGGGCAUCAAAAAGAACAUUUACGAGUUUUGCUCUUACGUGUGGAGUCUACUCUGUAUGGGCUAAGGACCUGCCUCCCCGAUUUUUCGUAUCCGGCUGGAGAGUUUCCCAUAGCAAGUUUAGCUGGUGUUGCUGGAGUCCCGAUAGGAACUUCAGCACUGCGUGAGGAAGCUGCGGAGACUAUCCAUCAAGCUUGCGAGUACAUGCUCAAGAAGCGCGCAGACGAUACUACGUUGUUAAAGUUGCUGGUGGGUGUCAUCGGAUCCAUUGUAAAUUAUGGUAGUUCUGAAUACAAAUCAUGGGCUGCGAAUCGGGGGGUGUUGGAUGCAGAUGCGAAAUGUGUUACAGAAACGCAAGUUAACUUCAUCAAUGGUGGCCAUAGUCAACGGCGAAGAAGGCCAAUUUGGGUACUUGUAGAAAGGACUAUGCUCCACUUCAUAUGGCGAUCUAGUCAAGUAGGCUGGCGGGGUCACUUGUCCACUGCUCCAGACCAUGUAGCGGUUCUAUGCCAGGAUCUUCUAGAGUUGUCUUUGCUCAACUACGCUGCUGUGCGCUCUUUUGCUGGAAGUAGACUCGAGAUGCUCCUUAAGCGAUUUCCUAUGCUCGUGAAAGACUGUAUUCCGAAGUUAACUGACGCUAUACAAGAGGAAGCUCCAACAGAGGAUGCAGCCUUGGGUGCAUGCAACGUUCUCGUACGAUCACCAGUCAUGCGUUACCUUAUGCAGGACUGGGAUGCAAUGACAUCUUUUCUGGUAGCUAUUCUGAAUAGUGAGCAUCUGGAGACUGUGAAGACGCACAAUGCUAUCAGUGAGGUAUUUUUUGUGUUCAACCUCUUUUUUCGAGGAGUUCCUGUACGAGCAAAAAGUGAUGAGGAGGAUUCAUACCUCUCCAUGAUAACGCAAUUGAAGGAGAAGGUUCUCGAUACUGGCGAUGCUGUUGGUUCAACACAUUGGCGAUACAAUCUUAUGGCUCAUGGCAUGCUUUUAUUCCUCGUGCUGCCACCAUCAUCGUCAAACUCUCCGUUGGAUGGAUCUACUACGUCCAAGACCAGAAAAAGCAUAGCUGGUGGAUUUAUAAAUAACUUGAUUAGCGAUUUGCCAGCUCUGCGACCUUUAUCUGUGAUGGCCCUUAUGUUUCUACUUCCACCUGCUACUCGGAAGACUUUAAGGAACGGAAUGAUAAAAGGGGUUGCAAAAUCACAGAGCACAAUUGAUGAAAAUUCAAUGGAAAGCAUCAUUACGUCCGCUUUUCUUUCCCCGGACUUUGGUGCUAACGUUGUUAAACAUCUAGCUCUUGACCAUAAUUAUGCAGAGGGGCAUUCUGCUUACCAAUCUUCCAGCAUGAAUGACAUGGGACUUACAGCAUUGAUGCCUUCUGUCAAGCGUCAAUGGCCAUACACUCGCACUUGGGAUUCCAAUUCUUCUGGGGAGCAGUUUCGUUGGUAUUAUGCAAAGCUGUUCAAGUCUCUAGUUCGAGAAUCUGGAAAUGUCGUUCUUCUGCAACUGAGGGCCCCUUUAGAAGAAGCUGCUCAAGCUGUUGAAGAACGAGGCAAGCAAUGUAUAACUGCAGAGAUUGUAGCUGGAUUGAUACGCUCAGAUAUGGCUUGUGUUACUGAAGCUUGGCACGAUUGGUUACGGCCUCUACUGAGGAAGGUUCUGUUACACUCCACGGUGGAAUCAGCAGUGGAAUGGGCAGCAUGUGUACGCUACGCAAUUGGAGGGAAGGGUCGGUCGGGCCGACAAGUCCCUGUUCUCCGGUCAUGCAUUCUUGAAUGUCUUGCUGACCCCUUGCCAGAAGGAGCAGCUACUAGUGUAGUGACUAAGCGUCUUAUGCUUCUACAGGCUGCACUUCUCGAGCUUGGUCCAGACCAGGAACUUGAGUUUCAAGCCACACUUCUUACGGAAAUAUUUGAAUCAUAUAUGAAUCAUCCCGCGGCCCAGGUGCGAGAAGCUGUAGGUGGCCUGAUUUGCAAGCUGGGCUCAAAUUUGCAACGUUCAAGCAGUGAGGGACAAAUACGCGUUAUGAGUCUUGAACAUAGUAAGGUUAAGGACUGGACUAAAUUGCUGGUGGAGGGCGCUAAGUCUGCAGCUGCAACCAUCCAAACCAAAGGGCUCAUUCUCGAAAAGUCAUCCAUUGAUAGUACGUCUAGUGAGACGUCUAAGGAAGCGCUCAAACGCAUAGAAACGGCGUUUCACUUUGUAGUAGCAAGCGUACGAUCUGGGAACGUUGCAGUAUUCAUGCCGGUGCUUCUUGACCUCCUCUGCUCCAUCCUCUACAUGCAGGACACUUGGGAUAAGGAUGUCAAAGCUUUAGCGAAGUUAUCCAUGCAGUUGUUGAUGUGGCAACUCUUCCCUUCCAAGCACUUGGAAGGAGUAGUAUCAGCCAUCAUGUCAGCGGCUGCGCACACGAACUGGCAUACACGUGUUGCUGCCUUGACUUUCUUACCACCAAUUGUUUUCCGGCAUACCUUCAUCAUGAAAUCAUCGCAUGUGUCAGCCUUGUGGAACCAAGUUCGGGGACUACUAUCAGACUCACAGAUAGAGGUAAGAGAGCUAGCUGCAACAACCUUAGCAGGGUUAAUGAAAGGUGCUGGUAGUCAGCUCGGGGAGAACUUUAGGGCAGAAGCUUACGAUGCUGCUGUCUCACUUCAAGAGGCUAGCAAAGGCCUCAAGAGGAGGAGGGCGGAACCCGGUACCAUAGCUUCUCGACAUGGAGUUGUCUUGGGUGUUGCAGCUUGUGUACUUUCUGUACCGUAUGACAUGCCUCAAUGGCUUCCAAGUAUGGUGACAGUGUUGGCCCAGUUCAAUCACGAGAAAUGGCCGAUUAGCGCCACGGUAACCAAAACCAUAGCCGACUUUAGACGCACCCAUUUGGAUACGUGGGAAUUCCAAAAGCUACAGUUCAAUGAGGAACAGUUAGAGGUUUUAUCCGAUCUGACGUCAUCAGCUUCUUACUUCGUUUAGCAUGAUUGAAUAUUCUAAUCUAUUUUUAGAACUUAUAUACACAUUUAUUUUUCAAAUUUAUCUUUUUAGAUCAAAGUCUUUUAAUCGCUCGCAGCAGAUAAAUCAUUUCCCCUAAAUUUGGGUUUAAAAUGGCAUAUUUUCAUCUAUUAACGAGUUUUGGAUGCGAGCCCAAUUUUUACCAGGUUGUUUUACUUUCCAUAUUUCGUAUUGAAGCCUCUUAUGUGAAUGGAUAUAAUGCAGGACAUUGUUCUAUUUGUCCUACAUUGAAUAAUAUAGGACAUAAAACUUCCACCAGACAUGUAAGAUUUCAGUAGAUAUUACAAUAAAAUAAAGAGUAAACUAAAGUUUAUUCUUUCUCCUAUUAA